CAAAAAAAGACAAGUGAGAAGGAAGAAGACAGAGAUUCAGAGAGUGCACAGGAGUGCAAGGGGCAGAGGAAGUGCAGAAAAGUGAGGCGAGGACAACAAGAAUGAGGACAGGAGAGAAGCAAACUUUCCCCUGAAGCAUUUCUCCACCAUAUUUUGACCCGAAGCAAAACUCGACCAUGAGGCUUUGACCUUCUCCUUUAACAGAACUUCUCUUCGUCAUCUGACCCCGAUGAGUCCAAAAGUGGCUUGCACCAACCAAAGCACCAGCUCCAGCUCCCACCUCUGGAUGCUGCUGCUGCUGCUGCUGCUGCUGCUGUUCGAGCCCCUGCUCUGUGCUCUGGUGCUGGGUGAAGGCUCCACACUGAGCACACAGGACACACAGAGCAACAAUACAGAGUCACUGCCAGAGGAAUGGACUGGUACGACAAUCCAGCUGCAGCCAGAUCUGCAGACCGAAGCCGAGAUUCCGACAGAGGCACUGACAGAGGCACUGACAGAGGCACUGACAGAGGCUCUGACAGAGGCUCUGACAGGGACUGUGGCAGAAAUACAGACUCAGAGCAUCACCAGCAACUACACAGGUCUGUCAUGUACCCCCGUCCUGCCUCCACGUCGAGGUUCCUUCUAUGUUGAAGGUGGCACCGGAGUGUCCAUUGGCAGUGUGUUGGCCUUCUGGUGCAGGGAGGGAUACCAGCUGGUCGGCAGUGACAAAAUCUACUGCAGUAUCAGGAAAGGGAAGCCACAGUGGAGCAACUACCUACCUGUCUGUGAAGCGAUCCCCAGACCAGAGGACCGUGGCCUGAGAGUGGCCGUGCUCGCCUCAGUGGUGAGUGGCAUCGUCAUCCUCGCCAUGUCCUUGUCCUUCCUCAUCUGCUGCCUGCAAGAACGAUCCGGCCGUGACCGGGCCAAGAGGGAGGGACGGAGCAGGCGCAGAGAGAAACACUCAGCCCGUCGCAGCGAGUGCUGGCUGGACAGAGAGGAGGGUGCGUGGGAAUCCUUCCCUCCUCCUAAGAUCUUCCACCUGUCACAGAGGAUGAACCCCCGUCUGGCUCCAGACAGCCCCCUCUACCUGACAGGAGGCCUCAGUGGAUAUGAGAACAGAGGAUAUCAGAGGAGUCAGGAGAGUCUGCUGAAAGCCUCCCUGCCCGGACUCUACCGCUCCGAGUCUCAGCUGUACCCGCACGUGGUCCUGCAGAGGGUCCCGACUCCCACGGCGCCCUCCGCCCCAUCGGCGCCAUCCGCUCCUCUCUACCUCCACCUCGGGUCCUCCUCGUCUGCCGCCUCCUCACCUGUACACGCAGCCACCAACAGCCAGCCUCACGUCAUGGCGCAGUACCCAACCCCGACGUACCCGCCAAACCCCAAUACGGCUGUGCCGGUCUACUCCCACCCGGCACCAGCACCCAUUUACCCAAACCCCAACCCCAUACCACAGCGGCCAUGGCAGUAGCUGUGUCUUUAAACUUCUGUCCGUCCUGUUUGUAAAGAAGACAGGAAUAAAGUGUUUUGUCUUAAAACACAGGGCGUCUUUUCUUAACCCCUGUUUUCUCCCACAGACGGCUGCAAAUGCAAAGAUGUGAAGCAAACAUGAAGGGGAAGUUCAGGAAUGGACAUGCUGCCGGAGCACGUGCAGCGGUGUUUUACUGCACUUACAGUUUGGACUUGAUUUUGGAGUUUGGAACUUUUUGUCGAACAGCUGUUGCUGCUGCAGAUACUGCACAUGGAAUUCUACAGAGAGAAAUUACAAGGAUGCCUCAUGUUAACAAAGGGACACAGGGAGUUGUAUUAAUUCAAUUAAACUUUAAACUCAUGAGUGGAGAAGUGUUUCAGCAGCUUUUUAAAUAAAUACGCUUUAUAUUUAUUGUGUAAAUGAAUCCCUAUCAGAGAUAAUCUAAUGUACACUUUAAUGGAACAGUACUUAAAGGAUAUUUUUGCCAGUCCUUUUAGUCCAGAUCCUUGUGUGACUUUGUAAAAAAAAAGGUUUUAGGUGACAUUUCAGCUCUGUUUUUAUUACUGACCAUAAGGAUCUCUGUGAAGCGAACACACUGUGUGAGAUAAAGUGCUACUGUUGGACUGGAAUGGAACCUAUUCUGUGCUGUUCCUAUGGAUUUAAACUCAUUUAAGUCAUUCUAUCGUUUGUCACUUUUAUAACGUUUGUUGUGGUUGAUGGUUAUACUGGUUUAACAUCCUGUCGAUUCAAGCCUCAAAUGGGUUUAAGAACAUAGUACUCAUUAAAUCAUGGGAAUGUGUCAUUUUAAAAACAUUGUACACACAAUGAGUAUAAGAACUAAGAACUAAGAUUUAUCAGGGAACGCAGACUUGUCAGGCACUGGUUUGUACAUAUUGAGUGAGGAAACGGAGGAAAAUGCUUUUUUUUUUUUUAAACCUAAACCUUUCUUAACCAUCUGGACAAUGUGAGCAUUUACAUCAUAAACUCCCUUUAUUGUUGCUUUACUUUACACUCUAAACAUGAGACUUUUGUGUCAGUAGCACACAAGUAGAAACACUCAUUUAGAAAAAGAAAAGAAAAGAAGCACUUUACAUGUUCUUGCAGGAUUGGAGAUAGUUAUUUUGCUGUUUGUUGUAUAUUAAUGAAACUGCCAUAAAAGCUUAAUAAAGAGAGUAUAGUUUAGUUCAACA